AUGCUCUGCCUGAUCGAUCCGUACAAAGGCGAGCCUGAACCAAUCGCUUGGGUCAGAUCUGACACUCAGGGAAAGGUUGUAGUCCUUGAUAUCAACUCGAAAAAGGAUGUCUCCCAAAUGCGACCCUGCAGUAGCGGGGUGGCGAUCUGGGGCAAGAGAGGCGAGUUUACUGGAUUCAAGGAAGAUUUCGCAGCCUCUUGGGUACAUGGCCCCGGACAGAAGCCAAGUCCCUUUCGUCCUGGCGUCCUGGAUGCCUACAUGGGAGCCAGGAGGCCAUGUUCGGGCGACGACAUCGGCACAACUGACGAUGGCGAGGUUCGCCAGUCUGCCGCUCCGACAGGAGGGCCAGACUUGGCAUGGCAAAGAGAGGCAAAUGAGAUCCUGGGCAUCGAAGAUGACUAUGACGUCUUGUCGGAACCAUAUGACUAUCAUGAGACGAUCUGA